AUUUUGCAUCCCUUUCUAUUCCCCUAAAUCUAUGGCGCAGUAUUAGUUUGAUGUCGUCGGAAAGCAUUCCCGAUCUUGUUCUGGAUGAACCUAUAAUUUCCAGAGUUCCUGUCACUAUAAUAACAGGAGCCGGUAAAACUACAUUAUUAAGCUGUAUAUUAAACGAAAAGCAUGGUAAGAGGAUAGCGGUCAUCCUGAACGACUUUGGCGAAGGCUCCGCAUUCGAGUCUCAUAUUUCACUGAAGCAAAAUACAGGAGAAUUAUUUGAAGAUUGGUUGGAGCUGCGAAAUGGCUGUCUAUGCUGCUCACUUAAAGAUCCAGGCGUAAAAGCUAUCGAAAACCUAAUGAAAAAGAAGGGCCUGUUCGAUUAUAUACUCCUAGAAACUACUGGCCUUGCUGAUCCGGGUCCUAUUGCUUCUCUAUUUUGGAUGGAUGAAAGCCUUUGCAGCCAGAUUUAUUUGGACGGAAUAGUCGCCGUUGUUGAUGGAAAAUAUUGCAUUUCGCAGCUUGACAGCCCCAAAGAAGAUUUGAUUAACGAAUGCGAACGACAAAUUGCUUUGGCUGAUGUGAUAAUAUUGAAUAAAAUUGAUCUUAUACCUGAUUCGCACAAGGUCGAACUUACUCGCAGAGUCCGUGGCAUUAACAGCGCCUCAAAAAUAUUGCACGCCUCGUUUUCACGUUUAAUAACCUAA